UGGAUGGGGGAUUCCCGGGGAUUGAUAUAUGUCAGUGGCUAGGGACCCUGAAUCGGGAGUGCGUGAACUCUGGGGCGGUAGGCAGGUGAGAACGCCGGCAACUAGAGCCUGGGUUGCAUAUAAAUAUCUACCCCUUUUCAGGAGGUUUUCAGGCUUUUCAGAAAGCAGUUUGGGGGAAGGGAAUUUCAUUGAGUUAAUUUUCCAUUGGGGAAUGAAGGGACCUGAGUCCUAGGCACAAAUGUCUUCCCGCGGCUGAGCAGCCCCAGCAUUCCCGACUUCCUAGGUUAGCAAGGCUCAAGGAAGCCUAGAGCUCUGGGCUCCUCACAGCGUCAGAAGGAGGCGAGCGCUCUGCUGUGUCCUUUUAAGCUCCAGCUGUUCUUUCCGCAGGAACUAUUUUUAGCUCGCUCAUUCGCUCUCUCUCAGCUGUGGCAGCAUCCGGAUCGGUGUUUCCUCUCAGUAGCUCUUCACUUGCUUCCUCAUCAGCUUUGCCAAUCCUCCACCAUCACCCCUACCUACACCCCCACCCCACCCCCUUCCUCGGCAGCUCUUGGUAGCUUCCACACGGAGAAGGUCAGAAAACUGAGCAUGUCUGGAUGUGCUCGGCAGCCACAGCGGCGGGGGCAGAGCGGGGAUGCGUCAAGCUGAUCCCAUUCACUGGGAAGGGGCCUGAAGGAGCGCAGGGAGUGCGCCGCGCUCCGCCUCACCCAGCCAAGAGGGGCGCAAUCGCCGCAGCCGCAGCUGUAGCCGCCUCCACCUCCACCUCCUGGAGACCAGCAAGUCAACUGAAAUAUCCUGCAUAGAGUGCCUGAGGCAAAACUGAGAGCAAUACCCAGGAAUCUUGACUUUUCAUCACCUAUUUUGGACACUGGAAAGGACCUGCUGACGUUACAUAAGAAUGUCUGCAUCCAAUCUAUCAUGGUUGAAGAAAAAAUCCCAAUCUGUGGAUAUUACGGCACCAGGAUUUAACCCUCUGGGAGGAGCAGCAAAACCAGCAGCACAGACCAGUAAGGUGCCAUCUGUUGCCAAGACACCAACCAUUGUGGAAGAGGAGAACAACACAGACAAUGCCCAAAAGCGUAAUCCACGGAGAAGUGAACUCAAGAGAUUCUAUACAAUUGGAAUUAAGGACAUAAGCAUAAUACGCAGUCUUAGGAAGAUGACAUACACUGGCCAAAAGAAAACCCUAGACAAGAAAGAUGGAAGACGAAUGUCAUUUCAGAAGCCUAAAGGGACUAUCGAAUAUACUGUUGAAUCAAGGGAUUCUUUGAAUAGCAUCGCCCUGAAAUUUGAUACCACACCUAAUGAACUGGUUCAGUUAAAUAAGCUGUUUUCCCGAGCAGUUGUCACUGGACAGGUUUUAUAUGUUCCUGAUCCUGAAUAUGUUUCUAGUGUUGAGAGUUCCCCAUCGCUUAGCCCCAUAAGUCCCUUAUCACCAACUUCAUCAGAACCCGAAUUUGAUAAGCCAAGAGAUACAGAUGGAGUCCACCAGAAAGAAACAACUCCCUCUUCUGCUUUUACUUGUGUUCGCUCAACAAGAGUAGUAUCUUCUACUUCUGAGGAAGAAGAAGCAUUUACUGAAAAAUUUCUUAAAAUUAAUUGCAAAUACAUUACCAGUGGCAAGGGUACAGUCAGUGGUGUACUGCUAGUAACUCCAAAUAAUAUAAUGUUUGAUCCACAUAAAACUGACCCAUUGGUUCAAGAGAAUGGCUGUGAGGAGUAUGGCAUCAUGUGUCCAAUGGAAGAGGUGAUGUCAGCUGCUAUGUACAAAGAAAUUUUGGAUAGCAAAAUAAAGGAAUCUUUACCCAUAGAGGUAGAUCAAUUGUCAGUAAGGGAUCUCUGCUAUUUUAAGAAAAUGACAAGAAGUAAUACUGAUGACAUAGACUCAAGAAUUCGGGAUACAGGGAAUGACAGCGCCAGCACUGCACCUCGGAGCACUGAGGAAUCUCUCUCUGAAGAUGUGUUCACAGAAUCAGAACUCUCUCCAAUACGGGAAGAGCUCAUUUCUUCAGAUGAAUUACGUCAAGAUAAAUCUUCUGGUGCAUCAUCAGAAUCUGUCCAAACUGUGCAAGCUAGUGCAGCAUGUUUAACAGUCAUUCCAGAUUCUACUGUUACUCCUGACAACUUAAAAGGUGGUAUUGAACAACCCACUUAUGGCGUGGGGUUACCGGGUCAUGCAACAAAUUUAGACAAUCCUGAAGUACCCUUAAAAGAAGAUCCAAUUACAAACAUCUCUCAGCAGUCUUUACAAGAAACAAAGUGCCACAAGGAAAAUAAUAUGGGGGUCGAAAUGAACACAAACAAGGAUCUUAAACUUUCUCAGAUUUCAGUACAUGGAUUCGAAGAUGAGAAAGAAAACAGUCAUUUUGGAGAACUCACAGAAUCUCAGAAAAAGGAAACUAUGAACAAAGGGAAACAAGGAAAGGAACAAAUUCAAGACUCUGAGACAGAGGUGGAAGAGCUACGUAAACUCUGGAAAAGUCAUACUAUGCAACAAACUAAACAGCAAAGGGAGAACAUUCAGCAGGUGUCACAAAAAGAAAUUAAGCACAAAAUAGCACCUGCAGAUGGACAUAUAGAAGGAUCAGGUUUUUUAAAAGAAAAGAGAAGACACCGAUUGCAUAAAUUCUUAUGUCUUAGAGUUGGAAAACCAAUGAGAAAAACAUUUGUAUCUCAAGCAAGUGCCACAAUGCAACAAUAUGCACAAAGAGAUAAAAAACAUGAAUACUGGUUUGCUGUGCCACAGGAAAGGACAGAUCACUUAUAUGCAUUCUUCAUUCAGUGGAGUCCAGAAACAUAUGCAGAAGAUACAGGUGAAUUUACUAGAGAACCAGGAUUUAUAGUAGUAAAGAAAAUUGAAGAGCCUGAAACUACUGAUGAUUCUGAAGCUGCAGCCAGAGAGUGGGAGGUAGUGUCAGUGGCUGAGUAUCACCGCAGGAUCGAUGCUCUAAAUACUGAAGAACUACGCACACUCUGCAGACGUCUCCAGAUUACCACAAGGGAAGAUGUAAAUUCAAAACAAGCUACUCCUGUAAAGGCAGAACUGGAGUCUGAAGCAUUUCGGCCAAAUCUCAGUGAUCCAAGUGAAUUGUUAUUACCAGAUCAAAUUGAAAAGCUCACUAAGCAUCUUCCACCACGAACCAUUGGGUAUCCUUGGACUCUUGUCUAUGGUACUGGGAAACAUGGAACAAGUUUGAAGACUCUAUAUCGAACAAUGUUGGGUUUGGACACACCAGUGUUGAUGGUGAUUAAAGACAGUGAUGGCCAGGUUUUUGGUGCAUUGGCAUCAGAACCAUUUAAAGUGAGUGAUUGCUUUUAUGGUACUGGAGAGACCUUUGUUUUUACAUUUUCUCCAGAAUUUGAGGUUUUUAAAUGGACUGGAGAUAAUAUGUUUUUUAUCAAAGGAGAUAUGGAUUCCCUAGCUUUUGGUGGAGGAGGGGGAGAAUUUGCACUUUGGCUUGAUGGGGAUCUCUACCAUGGUAGAAGUCAUUCCUGUAAAACAUUUGGGAACCAUACACUUUCUAAAAAAGAAGAUUUCUUUAUUCAAGACAUUGAAAUAUGGGCUUUUGAAUAACUACUGUUCUUACCAAGAUAAUGCCCCAAACCUGACAUGGACAAGCAUAGUUUGGAAAGUUCAUGAAGCAAUAUAAUAUAGCAUGUCACUAUUUUA